AUGGAUGAAGUUUCGAAGCUUGCAAGUCAUUAUGAAGGAGAUGAGCUUAUUACCAUCGCCCCAGAAGGCACCACUAGGACCUUCAAAGUACAGAAGGCGCUUCUGAUGAGCGCCUCAAACCACUUCGCCAAGGCCUUGAGCAACUUCAAAGAGGGGCAUUCUCGCACUCUAGUCCUGCCCAGAUGCGAUGUCGAGACGCUAGAGCUGCUAUUAUAUUGGUUGACUCUACGAGCUCUGCCGGAUCCAGCGAAGGUCGCAGACUCCAUGAUUGACGGGUCGCCAGACUUCGCUGCCCUUGUUCCAAGCCAGGAGUUGCGUUACGUUCGAUUGUGGAUCUUCGCGGACAGUAUUUGCGUCCCGGAAUGA